AAAAGGUCACCCGCCCUGCCCUUUCCUUCGUGCUCAACGCUACCGCUUUCUUGGUUUUCGCGCUAUCAUGGACUAUGUAACUGCUAUCGACGCGGAUGUUCCAUUUCCGCAAACAAGUUCCGGGACUGUUCGCAGUCUCUCGCAUCAAAUAAAAGGACGCAUUAAUAUGCGUCGACACUUCAGACUAAGCUUCGACCCCCACGCGCCGGAUGACUCUGAUGAUGAGGAGGAGGAGGAGGAAGAAGAAAACGCGGGGGUCGUGUCAGAUGAGGAGGAGUACACGACGUCAGAUUCAGACAUGUCAUCGUCGUCUGCAGCCUCAGAGGCACGGACGCUGGAGGCAGCACAUGCUCCUUCACGCGAAAUGUCUCCAAACAUAUACCAGUGGAACAAACCGCGCACGGGCCUGCUCGAUCUUCCUCUGGAACUCAUCGAGCACAUUGCCACAUCCAUUCGCCAAUCGAGGAGCCUGUCUGUCAUGGACGCGGGGGCGUAUUUCGUCGCCGACAAGUACCACGACUUUGCCGAAGCGCGUUUUUCACUCAGCUCGUUGACGAAGGUCAAUAAGUUCCUACGCAGUGCUCUCGAGCGUCUAUUGUACCGAAACAUCCUCGUGGACUUUUCCAGCUGGAAAGGCCGCAAACACACAGCAUGGCCUGCUGGAUCGCUCGUGCUUCUUCUGCAGACACUGCACGAGAGGCCAGAGCUGGGCACCUAUGUCCACAUCGCAGCAGUCGACUUUCAGAACUGUACCGACGGGAAGCGCAUAGAGGAUGCUUUGCAGCUGUUCCUCCUUCGAUGUCCCAACCUCAACCACCUCUUUCUAUCUCAAUGCCCCGUUGCGUUCUGGACGUGGACCGCGCCUAUCUCCAGGCUCACUGGCUUUGCCACCGCCUUCGCGCCCGGAAUCCUGAUGACCCUGUUCCCCAGCUUAUCCUCGCUGCGAGAUCUGCAUUUACGCGACUGCCAUGUCAUGGCUUUGCAGGGUCCGCUACCCUCGCAUAACAUCAAGCGGCUUCGGCUGGACAGCAGCCACGAGGACGCAUCCGCACACUUCAAUCGCGUGUUGACGAUCUGCGCUGACUCCGUGACCGAGCUGCAAGUGCGCUUCAUCGGCGGGCUGCAGCUGCGCGCGCCCCGGUUUACCGAGCGCGCAUUCAUCCGCCCCGGGGGUGACAAGAUCCACACGCUGCGCCUGGACAAUCUCAGCGUGCUGUCGCAUCCCGCGUCCGGCUACGCGCAGCUGCUGCGCGAUAUGCCGGCCCUGGAACAUCUGCAUCUGUCCCAUCACGGUGUUUUCGCGCGGAAUGCAUUUCGGGCGCUGCCGGAUAGUCUCACGUCGCUGACCGUGAGCGAGUAUUACGGCCUGUGGGCCUCGGAGCACUCGAAGAAAGGCUUCGUUGCUGGCUUGGCGCAGAGUGUGUUGACCAGCGGGCUUCCGAUCGCCAGGGUCGAGGGAGCAAACGUCAGGAAGAAGGAAGAGAUGAAGCCGCUCAUCGACGCCUGCAGAGAGCGGGAGAUCCUCUUCGAGAAGAUCGGGAAAGCGGCCGCCGAUGAUUUCAUUCGUGUGAUAUUCGGACGGCGGAUUGUGUGGAAUCCGCUUUUCAUCGAUUCGGAGGCCGAUCCAGUAAAAGAAGACCCCGUAAGUGAGUCGGAUGACUCGGAAGAGGCUUGAAGUCAAUUUGCGACACACUCAUCACGCGACACCAUUCCUCUCUUCUCAUCCAUCAAGAAUCGUAUCGUUCGUUGGUUCGUACAAAACUUAUGUACAUACAGUGUUGUCAAAAGGGCUACAUAUCGUUAAUUACGCAAUGAUUAAAAUGCAUAGUAAGAUAAACAAGGUAAACAUGAUGUUGAUCGGACAUUAAUGGAUCCACCACAAAUUCAGAGGCGUUGGCGCAAGCGGCCGGAGACGCGCCCAGCCUUUGGGCUUGCUGAUCCCAAUGCGCCCGGCGUUCGAGCGCACGAGCAGGUCCAGGAACCGUGCAAAUGCUUUGCUGUCGGCCGACAGGCCCUGAACGCUCUUGGACGCCGAGACGACGAGAUCAGCAUCAGAUGGCGGGGAGGUGCAGCGGCUUGGUGCGCUGCUGCUGCUGCCGCCAGUCAACUCCCGUCCUAUGCCAGAGUUGGUAGAGCUACCGAAAGCAUCGGACUCCUCGUCGGAAUUAUCGGAGUCGCUCUCCCAGACGCUGGUCUGGGGCUCUGGAUCUUCGGCACCACCAGCCCGGGGCGGCCAGCAGCCGACGUGAUAACUGGCUCCGGUGGGAAAGCGGUACGCUUGCGGCGCUCGAUAAAAAGGGGGAUUAGAAGCAGCAGCAGUCGCGACAGUCGGGAUGAUUUCGUCGGAGUCGGAAUACAGCUCGGCUCGCCGAGCGCAUUGUGCCGUUUUGGAGAGGAUCAGGGUGGGUAUAUCGACGUCGCAGCAGACCGCGAUGGUGGUGAGGAAGAAGGGUUCCCACUGGGCAGAAGAAUCGUGUAUCUGGCGCAGCGACAUCAUAUAAGCAGACGCGCAGAGUAGCACGGAUAAUCCGACACGUACUUGGAAAGCUUGCAUGACGUGUGCAAAAAAGACAAAAAAGCCCGUAUACGAGGUGUAGAAGUAGGAUCAAAGAGCGAGAAGGUAUCGUGA